AUGAUGUCAUAAAUGGCAUGUCCUGAGGAUUUUUCCCCUAAGCCUAUCCUGCCGCCUGAGGGACUGAGAUAGACUUAGAAUGAGCAUGAUGGCAUUGAAGGUAUCAGCAAAAAAAGGAAAAGUGUUAUUUCGGUUGCCUUCAUUGAAUAUUUUCACAGAUUAGAAAAGAUAAUAUACUAAGUACUUUAAGUAACCCCAGGACAUCUGCAUGUUCAAUAUCUGAAAUUACAAAAAGAACUCACUGUGAAAUGUGUAAAAUUAGAUGCUUUCAAUCAAAAAAUAUAAUAACCGAUUUUAUAUAGAACUUUCAAUAAUGUGGAUAUGUGUUGUUUCUACAAAAUUAUAAAGGAAACUUUACAUAGAAUGCAAACAUGAAUGAAAACAGGAUGUAAAAACUACAAUUUUGAUUGAUCAAUAUCGAAUAUCAUGA